CUACACAGCGACACAGUCCAUCUUACUCCCGACUUAGGAGGCAACCGCUUUCGAAGGACGGCAAUUGCACGGCCCAAAGGCUGUCGCAACCAUCUCGAUAGAAGGACGUUGUGGGACGCCGAACGGUCAUCUCGCAGGCUGAGAGACCGCUUUGCGUUCCAUCGGGUUCCCCAGCCCACCAAGUGCUAGUAACAGAGCCCAGUCGAUAUCCAAGCCUCGUCUGCAAUAUUCGACUAUUCUAUAUGACUGCCCUUCUCAAUUACCAGGAAUGACUUUGAACGACAACCCCGGUCACGCCGAGCUACCUCCUACACCAUCCACUCGACCUAAAUCGCCCGCUAUGUCGUCUUCCAAUCCUUGGGUCUUUGAUACCAAGAAGCGGAACCGUUUGCUGAAGAGAUACCGCACUCAGGUGGCAUCGGCGACCUCGACCAUUUGUGCCACUUUGGCUGUGACGCCUUUGGAAAAUCUUAAAACUCGGAUGCAAACGCACAACUUCCGAAACCUUACCGAAUGUGCCAGGUACAUAUGGCGUACAGAGGGUUUCCGUGGCUACACUGCUGGCUUUCUUCCUCCUCUCAUGAGCGUCACAUUUGUUCGAGUGGUCAGUUUUAGCACGUAUCAAACCGUUAAAUACCGAAUAUCAGACGAAUUUGAGCGUAUCACCGGGGUUUCUCCCUUGAUUUACUACAAUGAGCCUGGAAGUUAUCCCAGCUUGGCGACGAUUACUACCUUUACAGUGGCGGGGAUGUGCGCCGGUCUCGCAGCGUCUCCAUUUGCGUGCCCUUUUGAACUGGCAAAGAAUGUGGUGCAAACCUCGGUUCUAAUGUCGUACCGAUCUCAAGCUUCACCCGAUGCGGUGCGCGAUCCUCGAGUUCGCAGCUUACCACGUAUAGGCACCAUACAAGCUUUCCGGCAGAUAAUUAACCGCCAUGGCUUUCUUGGACUGUACACUGGGUAUCAUCUCCAUGCUUUGCGCGACACUAUUGGGACCGGUCUGUACUUUGGCAUCUAUGAAACCGUGAAGCAGGUUAUUGCGAAGGAGAUGGGCAAACCAGCCCAGAGUCCUUUUGGUCCUCCCAUGGUAGCUGGUGCCUUGUGCGGAACCAUCCCGUGGCUAGUGACGUAUUCUCUCGACACUCGCAAAACACGCGCUCAGAGCAUCUUACUGGGAAGAACAAAGGAGAUCGGCGAGGCUUCGUCUGCAGUGGCCCGGUCCAGCAUGUACAAAGGUCUCUCCGUCUCGCUGAUGCGUACGAGUGUCCAGAACAUGAUUCUCUUCAGUCUUUUUGAGUAUACCAAGACUAGGAUUAACAGCCUUGAAGUGUGAUCCACCAAGUCACACCUAGCCGGGUUAACCAGACAUAACCGGGCUCCCA